CUUGCCUAUAGAAAAAGGUUGGGCUCAGUGGGCCUUCACUUAUCUGAAAAGAACAGCCCAUGUUCGACGAUCCAAAUACAAUCCCAACCCUACAAAAUUUUUAUAUCUUCUUUUCCUCUCUCUCACUCACACACAGACACGGAGCUAUCAAUCAUGGGUUCACUCACACUUCACACGCCCCUCAGCCACCACUACUCCGACCAUGGCCGUGGCCUAUGCCACACCCGCACUCGACGGCCGGCCACCAUCUUCCUCCGCACUCCUGAAUUAGCUACGUCCUCCCCGCCCCUCACUUGCUGCUCCAUCAAUUCAUUCCGCCACCACCAAACCCUCGCCUCCGCCCCGCAGACUCCCGCCACCGCCAUGCGCGGCGCGGAGACCGACGCAAUGGGUCUUUUGCUCAAGGAGAGGAUAGUUUACUUGGGGAGCGACAUCGAUGAGGCUGUUGCUGAUUCGAUUAUAAGCCAACUACUUUUGUUGGAUGCCCAGGAUCCCACAAAAGAUAUUCGGCUAUUCAUCAAUUCCCCCGGUGGCCCACUCAGCUCCGCUCUGGCCAUAUUCGACGUCAUCCGCCUACUGAGGGCGGAUGUCUCCACUGUGGCGCUCGGCUUCUUGGCUUCGACUGCCACCAUAAUCCUCCUCAGCGGGGCCAAGGGCAAGCGGCUGGCAAUGCCGAACACGCGCCUCAUGAUACACCAGCCCUUCAGCGGGACCAGCGGGCCAGCCAGGGAUGUUGAGGUCCAGGCCCGCGAGGCCAUGCAUAACAAGGCCACCGUUAUACGCAUCAUAUCAGCAUCCACAGGCCGCCCUUACGAACAGGUGGAGAAGGAUAUCGACAAGGACUUCUACAUGUCGCCCAUUGAGGCCGUUGAGUACGGGAUUAUUGAUGAGGUGAUAGAUCGGGACACCAUUAUUCCGCUCGAGCCCAUUCCGGAGGAGGUCAAGUCCUCCGUUAUCACCUUGGAGACGCUCAAGAACCCGAGGAAGUAUUUGAUUCCGGAAAUCCCAGAUGAUGAGAUAUAUUAGGUGAGUGUUCUAAGUGUUUUAAUGUCGGGCGGGUGGUAUUAUCCAUUAGAACUGGGUGUACGUGUUUGUAAACAGCUGCGUUUAUUUAUUUAUUUAUUUAUUUUCAGUUACUUGUUUAUGGUCGUGUUUGUACUUCAUUCUCGUUGAGUCGCAUUGACCGCGUUGACCGAUGCUUUUGCGUGCAAGUGUUAUCUUACUGAGAUCAUGAUUGCAUAGGUUUGUUUUAUCGGGCAGUGUUUUGGCCUCCAUUCGUG